UUUCCCAUCUUGCAAGUCUCCUCAUUUGUUUAGCACAAACGCAAACUCCGGCCGUUCCCCACCCACCAUCUCGUCGAAAACCUAGAAAUUCGGAGUGAGAUUGUGUUCGUCCGUUUACUUUCGUUUCUUCGAGAUCCGUGAGGAGCGGGAGAGACAGAUCCGUCGCUUGCUACCUGUUCAAGGUCUGUGACGAGGAGGAGCAGAUUCGGCGCGUGCCUCCGAGGUUCUUCCUGGAACUAAUUUGAUGUGCUAUGGAAUCCAAGGGUGGUAAAAAGUCCAGCAGUAGUCGUUCCUCCCUCAUGUACGAAGCUCCCCUCGGCUACAGCAUUGAGGACGUCCGCCCUGCAGGCGGCAUUGAGAAGUUCCGCUCCGCUGCCUACUCAAACGUAUGUAUCGAAUCAAUUGAGCUCCUCCUUUCUUUUCGUUGAAUAUCUUGUUGAUGAUUAGAUGCUCACUGUUUCUACUUCCAAUUGCUUCUGUUUUGCAGUGCUCGAGGAAGCCAUCCUGAUAAUCCCUCUCGCGUCCCAUCCUAAUUGCUUAGAAUUCCCUCCCUUUUCAAUUCAUCUUCCUAAAAUUUCUCUGGCUAGCUGCUUUUCUCUGACCAGCAAAGCCUUUUCUCCCUCUACCAACCUUCUGAAACAAUGGCCGGCUCUGCGAUUGGGUUCGAGGGAUAUGAGAAGCGCCUGGAGAUCACUUUCUCUGAAGCGCCAGUCUUCACUGACCCCAAUGGCAGGGGAUUGCGUGCUCUCUCUCGUGCCCAGAUCGACUCGGUCCUUGAUCUUGCCAAGUGCACCAUUGUAUCUGAGCUCUCCAAUGAGAAGUUUGACUCGUAUGUCCUUUCUGAAUCAAGCCUCUUUGUGUAUCCGUACAAGGUUGUGAUCAAGACCUGCGGUACCACCAAGCUCCUGCUGGCCAUUCCAAGGGUUCUUGAGCUUGCUGAGGAGCUGUCCCUGCCACUUGCUGCUGUGAAGUACUCCCGUGGGACGUUCAUAUUCCCUGAAGCACAGCCUUCUCCACACAAGAACUUCUCUGACGAGGUUGCCUUCCUGAAUGGCUACUUUGGUGGACUCAAGUCUGGCGGCAAUGCCUAUGUCAUUGGUGAUCCUGCAAAGCCAGGCCAGAAGUGGCAUGUCUACUAUGCCACCCAGCAGCCUGAGCAGCCUGUGGUUAACCUUGAGAUGUGCAUGACUGGUCUGGACAAGAAGAAAGCUUCUGUCUUCUUCAAGACCUCUGCUGAUGGCCACACAUCUUGCGCCAAGGAGAUGACCAAGCUCUCUGGCAUCUCUGACAUAAUCCCAGAGAUGGAGAUCUGCGACUUUGAUUUCGAGCCAUGUGGCUACUCCAUGAACGCCAUCCAUGGCUCUGCUUUCUCCACCAUUCAUGUCACCCCCGAGGACGGCUUCAGCUAUGCUAGCUAUGAGGUCAUGGGGUUGGACCCUGCCUCCGUGGCCUAUGGUGACCUGGUCGAGAGGGUGCUGAGAUCCUUUGGCCCGUCUGAAUUCUCUGUUGCUGUGACCAUCUUUGGCGGCCCCAGCCUUGCUGGCACCUGGGGCGAGAGGCUGAAUGUUGGGGUCUAUGAUAGUACCAACAUGGUCGUCCAGGAGCUGCCUGGCGGGGGCUCGCUCAUCUACCAGAGCUUCACUGCUGUCGGUGAAGACUCCACUGGGUCGCCAAGAUCUGUCCUGAAUUGCUAUGUUGAUGGCAAUUUAGAGAGCGGCUCCAAGAUGGAUGCUUUCCUUUGCUGGGAAGACGAUGCUGCGCAGGAGAAGGAUGAGAGGGGGGCUGGUAAGAAGAUGAAGAGCUCUUGAUGGUGAUGCUAGCUGGUUUGAAUGAGCUUGUGUUGCGUCAGUUUGUUCUUAGAUUUCCUGUUCCUGCCCUAUUACUUUGUUAUGGACAAGUGACGUGAAAUGGUUAGCGUUUUCUGCCAGGGUGAGCGAAUGUAUGGAAAUGCCUGUAUCUGGCUGCAGGUUUAUGAAUAUAAGAAUACGCCUUGUGUUGAGCAAA